GAAUAUAAAAGUUUAUCUCUUGAACAAUUAAGAUAUAUAUUAAAUCAAAAGAAAAAAACAAUAAAGAAAAGUUAUAAAGAAUUAAGUGAAAAAGAAAAAUUAAUUAGAGAUAUAAGAAGACUUGAUAAGCUUAAUGAAAAAGUAAAAAAAGGAGUAGAUAUAAAGAAGAAAUAUAAGAAAAAGAAAGUUACCUCUAAAAAGAAAAAGAUAAAAACAUUUGAUGAUUAUUUUGAGGAAUGUAUAAAAAAUAAAGAAAUACCUAGAGAUACUCCGGACUAUUUAAGAAAAGCUCUUGAACAAGCAAUGAGAGAAUAUGGCCAAGGUCUUGUAAAAGAAAAAUCAUCUCUUGCAGGUUUUGCAAAUAAAUAUAUAAUUGAAGGAAUUUUUGGUCUUGGUCCAAUUGAUUUUUUUGAUCGUAUAAAUGAAACUUUAGUUGAUUUUUUUACUUAUCAUAGAAAUAUAAAAUUUAAGUUAGUUUUAGUUUGCAUGAUGGAAAAACAUGAAGUAGAUAAAAAUAAUGGUCUUUUUAAUAUACAAGAAGAUAAGGCUUAUUUUAAUUCACCAACAUUUACUAAUCUAGAAUCAAGUAAUGUUGAAAAUUUAAUAUUUAAUAGUAAAGAAAAUAUUUUAGCAAGAAUGGAAAUGUAUUCAGAAAAAGCAAGUAAUUGGGUUUUUAAAGAAGUUGUAAAAUUUGAAAUUCAUACUGUUGAGUUUAACCCAACUAAGGGUUCAUCUUAUAUUGAUCUUCCUUCUUGGAUAAAAAAUAAAAAAGCAAUUGUUAACAUUAAAAAUAAAGAUGACAAAUGCUUUCUUUGGUGUAUACUUAGAUAUCUUCAUCCAAGAGAUAGAGAUGAGGAAAGAAUAAAAGAUUUAGAAAAGUAUGAAUUUUCACUUAACACUAAAGGAAUUACUUUUCCAAUGAAAGUAAAUAAUAUCACUCAAUUUGAAAAACUUAAUCCAGAUAUUCCAGGAAUAAAUGUUUUUUCUGAAGAUGGUAAAAUGGUUAUUUAUCCUUUGAGAGAGGCAAAGAGAGAUUGUAAAAAUACUAUUGAUUUAUUUUUGUACGAAGAAGAUGGUGCCUCACAUUAUACUCUUAUUAAAAAUUUUCACAGGUUAGUAAGGUCUCAAAAAACUACAAGUCAUAAUGGUAAAAUAUUUAUUUGUAAGAGAUGUUUUAGUCAUUUUACAAAGGAAGAAUUAUUAGAUAAUCAUAUUAAAUAUUGUAGUAAUAAUGCAACAGCGUUUGUAAAAAUGCCUGAACCAAACACAAUGCUAUAUUUCAAAAAUUAUUACAAAAAACUACCUAUUCCUUUUGUAGUUUAUGCAGAUUUUGAAUGCUUUACCAAACCAAUGAAUAGUUGCAGUCCUAAUCCAAAAGACUCUUAUAAUUACAACUAUCAAAAACAUGAACCAUCAGGAUUUUGUUUUUAUGUAAAGGGAAUAGUAGAUAAAAAAAUUAAACCAAUUAUUUAUACAAAAACUUCUGAAGAUGAAGAUAUAUCAAAAGUAUUUGUAGAAAAACUUGCGGAAGUAACUAAAGGAAUUUAUAAUGAUUUUUAUCAAAGACCAAAACCUCUUAGACUAACUAAGGAAGAACAAAAAUCAUUUGAGAAAGAAGUUAACUGUCAUAUUUGUAGUCGCGAAUUAAGAAAUGAUAAAGUUAGAGAUCAUUGCCAUUUUACAGGUAAUUAUCGUGGAGCAGCACAUAACAAAUGUAAUCUUAUGUGUCGUAAACCAAGAAUACUACCAGUUAUAUUUCAUAAUCUUCAAGGUUAUGAUGCUCACUUAUUUAUAAAACAAAUUGCUAGAUUAGAAGGAGAUUUAAAUUGUAUUCCAUCUACUGAAGAAAAAUAUAUUUCUUUUUCAAAAAGUAUUAAAGUUGGUGAGUAUUUUUGUUUAAAACUUGGAAAAAUGUGUCCAAUAAAUUUUGAAAUACGAUUUUUAGAUUCAUUCAAGUUUCUUCAAACAUCACUUGCCAAUCUUGUUUCAAAUUUAUCAAAAGAAGAUUUUCAUAAUACAAAACAUGUAUUCAAGAAAAAUGUAGAUCUACUAACUCGUAAGGGAGUUUAUCCUUAUGAUUAUGUUUCAUCACUUGAUAAAUUAUCAGAAACACAACUUCCACCCAAAGAGGAAUUUUACUCCCAACUUUAUGAUGAAGAUAUUAGUGAUGAUGAUUACCAACAUGCAAUAAAUGUGUGGAAUACUUUUGAAUGUAAAACAAUAAGAGAUUAUCACAAUCUUUAUCUGAAAUCUGAUGUAUUACUGCUAGCAGAUGUAUUUGAAAACUUUAGGAAAACUUGUCUCAAACAUUACAAAUUAGAUCCAGCACAUUAUUACACUUCCCCAGGUCUAGCUUGGGAUGCAUGCUUAAAAGAAACAGGUCAGCAAUUAGAGUUACUACAUGAUUAUGAUAUGUUAAUGAUGUUUGAGCAAGGUAUACGUGGUGGAAUAACACAUAUAUCAAAGCGAUAUGCAGAAGCAAAUAAUAGAUACAUGAGAGAUUAUAAUCCUGGAAAGGAGUCAACAUUUAUUCAGUAUUUAGAUGCAAACAAUCUUUAUGGAUGGGCGAUGUCUCAAAAUCUUCCAACACAUGGAUUUAAAUGGAUGAAAAAUAUUACAAAAGAAAAGGUAAUGGAUAUUCUUGAGAAAACAAAUCAUAGUAUGUCGAAUCUUGGAAGAAAAGGAUAUAUAUUUGAAGUUGAGUUAGAGUAUCCUGCACACCUAUGGGAAAAACAUAAUGACUAUCCUCUUGCACCUGAGAAGAUAAUUGUUAAUGGUGUUGAAAAACUAAUUUGUCAUUUUAAACCACGAAAAAAUUAUGUUGUGCAUUAUCGAAAUCUUAGACAGUAUCUUGAGUUGGGUAUGAGAAUAACUGCUGUUCAUAGAGGAAUAUCAUUUUAUCAGUCUUCUUGGAUGGAGUCAUAUAUAAGAAAAAAUACAGAACUUCGAAAAACAGCAGCUAACAGUUUUGAGAAAGACUUUUUCAAACUAAUGAACAACUCAGUUUUUGGAAAGACAAUUGAAAACAUAAGGAAGAGACAAAAUAUAGAACUUGUUGAUAAUCGUAAAAAAGCUGUCAAGCUAACAAGUAAACCCAACUUUGAUAGAGUGACAAUAUUUGAUAAAAAUCUUAUAGCAGUUCAUAUGAAGCGGACAGAAGUGUAUUUUAACAAACCAGUGUAUGUUGGUCAAGCAAUUUUAGAUUUAUCAAAAACACUAAUGUAUAAUUUUCAUUACACAUAUAUUAAAGAGAAAUAUGGUAAAAAAGCAGAAUUAUUAUUUACAGAUACAGAUAUUCUAAUGUAUGAGAUUAAAACAAAAGAUUUUUAUCUUGAUAUAUUUAAUGAUGUAAGAGAUAAGUUUGAUACUUCUGAUUAUCCUUCCAUCCACCCUUCUGGUAUAAUUACAGGAGCUAAUAAAAAAGUGAUUGGAAUGUUUAAAGAUGAAGUUGCAGGAAAACAGAUAACACAUUUUGUUGGAUUGCGUCCCAAACUUUAUAGUUUUAAAAUUGAGGAGGAAAAUGAAGUAAGAAAGUGUAAAGGAAUAAAGAAAAAUAUUGUAAAAAAGAAAAUAAAUUUUGAUGACUAUGUUAGAUGCUUAUUUUCAGGUAGUAAAGAAAUGAGAUCUAUGAAAAUAAUAAGAAGUGAAAAACAUGAUAUAUAUUCAAAGGAAGUAAAUAAAGUAGCAUUAAGUAAUGAAGAUGAUAAAAGAAAAGUCCUUAAAGAUAAUAUUAACACUUUGGCUUUUAGAUAAAAAAAAUUUAAAAGUAAAUAAAGUAUAAAUAAUAAAUGUCUUAUACAGAAGAAGAAAUAAAAAAAUAUAUGAGUAUACUACAUAAAUAUAAAGUUGGUAGUAAAAGGGUAAAAGGUGGUUGCUCAAAUUGUUCAAAUAAUGAAUUUUUUACAAUAGAUUCUGGGUACAAAAUUUGUGAUGAAUGUGGUACAGAAAACGGCCAUGUAUUAGGAUUAUUUGAUGUAAAAGAUUUGGAUAGGUUACAUUAUAGAAAAAAGAGUAUUUACCAUAGGAAAUACCACUAUGAGAAAAAGGUAAAUGAAAUUUCUAAAAGAAUAAACCUAAAUGAUGAAGAAAAAUGUGAACUUUACGAUAAACUAACAAAAAUAGAUAAUCAUAUCAUGGAA